CUGUAGCCUAUAUAAAGGAGUUGGUCAUGUCUGUUCUCAUUUCUGAAAACGAUGUGCAGCUCAGAUGUGAUCCCUAUUUAUGCAUUUCAGUCUUGAAUCUUAAACAUUUGGACUUGCUGACAACUUUGAUCUGGCUCUUGAACCUGGAGAAACUUUAAAUGGCUCCUUUUCAUGGUCCUCUUUAAAAAAAACAUUUGCAGGCAAAUCUUUGCUUUGUUUAACAUAUAAGACAGUAUGAAUUUAUUGUUAUGCCUGUUACCUGAAAAUAAAACUGAUAAUUUCUCAGGGAAUGGCUUGAGUGUAUGAGAUUGAAACUAGAAACAGUAUAUAAUUAAUCUGAAUAUGUAAUCUUAUAAAUAACUUUGCUUGAUGCAUUUACUGUCUACUAAUCUACCUAAUUAUUCAUUUUUACAGAUGGGUCAGUUGUGGAUCUGACUAACAGUUCAAUUUUCUCUCUCCUCUGUCACUUCUUUUCCUCUCUUUGUCUCUUAUUUUACUGCACUAUUUGUUAAUGAAUACCAUAAGAUUCAUCAAAGUAUGAAUUUGAUCAAUAAAACUGCUGUAUCUGAAUUCAUUCUCCUGGGAUUUCACACCAUUCGUUCAGUUGAGAUUGUCAUCUUUGUUGUUUUCUUCUUUGCAUAUGCAUUAACCAUUGCAGGAAAUGUCACAUUAAUUAUAUUAGUGGUGGCCAAUCGCCAUCUUCAGUUGCCCAUGUAUUUUUUAUUGGGUAACCUCUCAUUUCUUGAACUCAUGAUCACAUCAACUGUAGUGCCUAAAAUGCUAAUAAAUAUGAUCACAGGGAAGAAGACAAUCUCCUUUGUGGGCUGUCUUACCCAAUCGUUCUUCUAUUUUCUGAUGGGAUCGACUGAAUUUUUCAUAUUAGCUGUCAUGUCCAUAGAUCGUUAUAUUGCAAUUUGUUACCCACUACGCUAUGCUUUGAUUAUGAACAAUAAGACUUGUUUCCAGUUUUUAUUGGGGUCAUGGGUUGGUGGUUUCAUGAUUAUUUUAAUUCCCAGCAUUGUGACAGCUGGAUUACCAUUCUGUGGCCCAAAUAUUGUUAAUCACUUCUUCUGUGACAGUGCACCUUUACUCAAACUGGUCUGUAGUGACACAUUGCUGGCUGAAAAUAUUGAUUUUGGGACUUCUUGUAUAUUACUCUUGGGAUCACUUUUUGUAACCACUGUAUCUUACAUGUAUAUUAUUAUUGCUGUACUGAGAAUACCUUCAGCACAAGGUCGUCAGAAAGCCUUCUCAACCUGUGUAUCUCACAUCACUGUGGUAACUCUAUAUUAUGGGAGUUCUAUAUUUAUUUAUGUCCGCCCAACUAAAGGAAAUGUGCUUAAUUUUAACAAAAUGGGCACUGUGCUGAACACAAUAGUGACUCCCAUGUUGAAUCCUUUCAUUUAUAGCCUUAGGAAUGAGAAAGUGAAGGUUGGACUAAGAAAUGUCCUAAAAUCAUUCUUAAACAAUGAAACAAAAAACUUUAAAAAUAUAGACAGAAUCAAGAAAUAG